CAAGUCCUCAAAGCAGUCUCCUCAAUUCUUGUAAUACAGGUAUCUAUAAUUCCUUCUCUAUUUUCUUGCUUCUGGAUCUCGACGUUUCCUUCUCUUCGGUCUUCGACUGGUAUUCCGCUGUCUGCCUGACCCGACUUGUCUGUCAGAAAAUGUUAGCUGAGCGAUAGUAUUACUUCGCAAGACAUCUGCCCGCCGCGCCUCCUCCUCCUUGGGCAACAUGGCAGGCUACGAUUAUUCUGUUCAAAUGUCCGCUUCAAGAUGGGCAACGCGGCUACUGCAUUGUACACUGGCUGUCAUAUUGUUGACUGCCUCUUCUGUCAGGUCCGAGAAGACCGCAGCUGACUAUUAUGUACAAUCGCUGCCUGGACAGCCCGAUGGACCGCUGCUGAAAAUGCAUGCUGGACACAUCGAGAUCACGCCCGAACACAACGGACAUCUUUUCUUUUGGCAUUACCAGAACCGACACAUUGCUGACCGACGGCGAACAGUAAUCUGGCUCAAUGGUGGACCAGGUUGCAGCUCGAUGGAUGGUGCGAUGAUGGAGCUCGGUCCGUAUCGCGUGAAAGAAGGAGGAAAGUUAACAUAUAAUGAAGGCUCGUGGGAUGAAUUUGCCAACUUAUUGUUUGUGGACAAUCCGGUGGGAACAGGCUUCAGCUAUGUCAACACUGACAGCUAUCUACAUGAACUGCAAGAGAUGGCGGAUCAAUUCCUGAUAUUCAUGGAAAAGUGGUUCGCCCUCUUUCCGGAGUAUGCGAGUGAUGACCUGUACUUUGCUGGGGAGUCGUACGCCGGUCAGCAUAUACCGUAUAUUACCAGGACCAUUCUCGAUCGUAACGCCAGAGCCAGCACUGAGGGAAAGCAGCAAUGGAACCUUAAAGGCCUCCUGAUCGGAAAUGGCUGGAUUGCGCCAAAAGAACAGUACUUAUCGUACCUGCCCUUCGCGUACCAGGAGGGACUCAUACAAGGGGGUACAGAGGAGGCUAAAAAAGUCGAGGCUUCACAGACGAAGUGUCUUGCCGAAUUGGGCAAGCCAGGUGGUACUGAAAAGGUGGAUGUCAACCAGUGUGAGACUGUUCUGUCCAUGGUACUUGAUGUGACCAAGAAAAAUGGCAAGUGCUACAACAUGUACGACAUCCGGCUGCAGGACAACUGGCCGUCAUGUGGAAUGGCAUGGCCCCCCGAUCUGACCACAGUAACCCCUUAUCUUCGGCGACAAGAUGUCAUUGAUGCUCUGCACAUCAACCCAGACAAACGAACGGGCUGGGCAGAGUGCUCGGGUGCUGUUUCUUCCGCUUUCAGAGCUAGUCACUCCAAACCUAGUGUUGAUUUCCUGCCGGGUAUAAUGGAAGCCGGUGUUCCCAUCUUACUUUUCAGUGGCGCCAAAGACAUGAUCUGCAAUCACCUUGGUACAGAAGACAUGAUUGGUAAUUUGAAAUGGUCCGGAGGUACAGGAUUCGAGCUGAACCCAGGGGUUUGGGCGCCAAAGCGUGAAUGGACCUUCGAGGACGAGCCUGCAGGUAUCUAUCAAGAAGCACGAAACCUGACAUAUGUGCUGUUCUACAAUGCCAGCCAUAUGGUCCCAUUCGAUUGGCCAAGACGUAGCCGAGACAUGCUUGAUCGAUUCAUGGGAGUGGACAUCGCCAGCAUUGGAGGCACGCCAGCCGAUAGUCGACUUGAUGGGGAGAAAGCAGGGAGCGAAACAAGUGUAGGUGGCCACCCCAACAGUACUGCUGCCAUCGAAGAUGAGAAGAGCAAACUGAAAGACGCGGAGCUCAAGGCAUAUUAUCGCAGUGGAGAGGCUGCGCUUGUGAUUGUGCUGAUUGCUGCGGCCUUGUUCGGCUGGUGGGUGUGGCGUUCGAGAAGGGCACGGUCACGAGGAUACAUAAGUGUGCCGCUUGUGAAUGGCCCCUCUGCGAAAGGACGAGACGUGGAGGCAGGCGAUUUCGAUGAGAAUGAGCUAGACAACCUCCGCUCCAGUCGUCCACGGGCGGAUAUGGAGACGGAGCCAUACGAUCUCGCAUCUGACAGCGAAGACGAGCACAUGGCAUCUCACAACGGAAAGGAAAAGGUCAGCGGGUGACAGGAAUAGGAUAGAACAAAAAGGAACUGAAGGCCUUCCAUGUUGUUAAUAUGAUGACUAUUGAUAUGAAUACUCGGUAUAGAAGAACAUCCUUAGCUUG